CAUUCGCGCUUUAUCAAUAGCAAUAGAUAAAACUUUGGUAAAAUCAGUUGUCUCUUAAUUAUGGCGAAGUAUGAACCUGACGAGGUUGAAUAUUCAUGUAGUGGUCAGCGGGACGUUCUUAUUGAGAACUUGCCAAAAAGUUUCAUGGCUCUAGUCGAUAAACUUACUGAGCAGGAUAAGAAAAUAAAAGAACUUACUAAACGCCAAGAACAUGUUAUUGUUGACAAUACGCUAUUGACAGAUUUGAAAAAGAGUGAGCUAAUAAAAGAAGUCGACUACUUGAAGAGUAUGGUGUCAACCUUGGAAAGGAGAGUGACGCUACUGGAGGAAAAACAACAGGCAGGACCAGGUGCUGUUGCAUUUUUUGCUACUCUGAGCGACGAUAUAGGUCACCUCCAUGAUCGGCAACGACUUGUGUUCGACAACGUUAUUACAAACACUGGAGAUGCCUAUAAUGAACACAACGGUAGCUUUGUGGCUCCAGUUGCGGGAUUGUACGUAUUUUCAACUACAUUGAUGUCCAACAAAGGAGGAUAUGGCGAUUUUCGACUGAUCAGGAAUGGGAAUGUGAUUUGUGUCAUAUAUCCUGACGCUGGUGGAACAAGUGGAAGUUACGAUAUGGCAACAUGUUCUAGUGUCCUACACCUCAAGAAGAACGAUGACGUUGCAAUUGAAAGCGGUAUAAACAAGUUUAAACGAGGAGGCGUUAAUGGAAAGCAUUAUUCCAAUUUUUCUGGUUUUUUACUGAAGGCGGAUUGACAGACCAAACCCAGUACGCAAAACAACUGGCUUAAUUUAGAAUAUCAGAAACACACGUUUUAAGUCACAUUAAUAAGAAACAUACAAGUGUGUUGCUGUGAUGCUUUUUAUUAAAAUUCAUGUACACUCUGUGGUUGCCAAGAUGGAAACGUAUUUAUUAAGUGAAUUUUAAAAACAGGUUAUCUUUCAUUGUCAGAGAAAAAACAGAAUCCCUUCAAAGUAUGGACUUGUAAAUAGUAUGAAGCACACUUUUGAAAUUUACAAAAAUGAGUUGAAUCCGAUGAAGAAUUAAAACUCUAGACUAUCGUUAUUUCGUUUACUGACAUCUAAUAUAUCGACAUUUGUAAUAGUAUCACAUAAUAUAAAUAAUGUUUUUCACAUAUUGUUUGUACUCACUGCAUUGCCAGUUUUCUUAUACAAUGCAAUUCAGCACUCACUAGUCAAUUUUCUAAUGUGCAAUAUUUUUAUGAUAAAUAAAUAAAUAUA